UUGUUUUUGCUCCGUUAGCAUUUUGACAGCUAGCCCGUUAGCUCCGGUCCAGCCGCAAAAACAGCCUCUCCUUUGUGUUAAAGGUGGAUAUAAUCGAAUAAUAUUUCCACACACAGAGGAAGUAGAUGGGACUCGGCUCCAGGAUGGUCCCCACGGAGGACUCUGCGCGGAAACGGGAGAUAGAAGACAAACUGAAGCAGGAGCAGGAGACGCUGUCGUUCAUUAGAGAAAACCUGGAGAAGAGCGACCAGCUCACAAAGGGAAUGGUGUCGAUUCUGUCGUCCUUUGAAAGCCGUCUUAUGCAGCUGGAGAAUUCCAUCAUUCCAGUUCACAAACAAACGGAAAAUCUGCAGCGGCUUCAGGAAAAUGUGGACAAGACCCUGAGCUGCAUGGACCAUGUUAUCGGUUACUACCACGUCGCCAAGGAUACGGACCGCAUCAUCAGGGAAGGUCCGACCGGGCGUCUGGACGAGUACUUGUCCUGCAUCGCUAAAAUCCAGAAGGCUGUCGAUUAUUUCCAGGACAACAACCCUGACAGCCCCGAGCUCAACACGGUGAAGUCCCUGUUUGAGAAGGGGAAGGAGCUCUUGGAGGCAGAGUUCCGUAGCCUGUUGACGCGCUACAGUAAACCCGUGCCUCCCAUCCUGAUCCUGGAUGCACUUGGAGCCGACCUGGGUCCAGACGAGGAGCUGGAGGUCCAAGAAGACGUGGUGCUAGAACAUCUGCCCGAAGCUGUUCUACAAGACAUCAUCUGUAUCUCAGGGUGGCUCACGGAGUACGGGAGGAACCAGGACUUCAUGAAUGUAUACUAUCAGAUCCGCUCCAGCCAGUUGGACCGCUCCAUUAAAGGUCUAAAGGACCAUUUCAGGAAGAACAGUGCCUCCUCUGGUGCUCUGUACUCACCUGCAGUCCAAACCAAACGAAAGGACACACCCACCAAGAAGCUCCCCAAGAGACCAGUCUACAUCCCAGGGACGAUCCGUAAAGCGCAGAACCUUCUCAAACAGUACUCACAGCUCGAUGGGAAAAAGGGCGGAUCUAACCUCACUCCUCUGGAAGGUAAAGACGACGUUUUGGACAUCGAGAUUGACUCGUACAUUCACUGCAUCAGCGCCUUCGUGAAGUUAGCCCAGAGCGAGUACGCCCUCCUCACAGAGAUCAUACCGGAACACCACCAAAAGAAGACCUUUGACUCACUCAUACAGGAGGCGCUGGACAGCCUGAUGCUGGAGGGGGAGGGAGUUGUUGCCGCGGCAAGGAGAGCGAUCCUCAGACAUGAUUACUCCGCCGUGCUCUCCAUCUUCCCCGUGCUCCGACACCUCAAGAACAACAAGGGCGACUUUGACAACACACUGCAGGGCACCGCGGCCAGCACCAAGAACAAGCUCCCAGCUCUCAUCACCUCCAUGGAGACCAUAGGGGCCAAAGCUCUGGAGGAGUUUGCAGAUAGUAUCAAGAACGAUCCUGAUAAAGAAUACAACAUGCCCAAAGACGGAACAGUGCACGAGCUCACCAGCAACGCCAUUCUGUUUCUGCAGCAGCUGUUGGACUUCCAUGAGACGGCAGGAGCCAUGCUGGCCUCACAAGAGAGUUCUUCAUCUUCGAGCUACACGUCAGAUUUUAACAAACGUCUGCUCAGCUCCUACAUCUGUAAAGUUUUGGGAAAUCUGCAGCUAAACCUUUUGUCCAAAUCCAAAGUUUAUGAAGACCAAGCUCUAAGUGCCAUCUUCCUCCACAACAACUACAACUAUAUACUCAAGAGUCUGGAGAAGUCUGAGCUGAUCCAGUUGGUGACGGUGACUCAGAAAAGAGCCGAAAACUCGUACAGAGAACUCAUCGAGCAGCAGAUCCUCACCUACCAGAGGAGUUGGUUGAAGGUGACGGAACAUCUGACAGACAGGAACAUGCCUGUGUCCCAGCCUGGAGCCAAGCUCAAAGACAAAGAGCGACAGGUUGUCAAGGACAAGUUCAAGGGUUUUAACGAGGGUCUGGAGGAGCUGUGCAGGACACAGAAGUUUUGGGCAGUUCCUGAUAAAGACCAAAGAGACUUCAUCCGGCGAGAGCAAAAGAGAGCUGUGUCCGAGGCCUAUAGGAACUUCCUCCACAGAUGCGCCAACAUUUCGUUCACUAAAAACCCAGAGAAGUAUCAUAAAUAUCGUCCUGAGGAGGUGGAGGAGAUGAUCGACCGACUGUUCGACACUUCGGCCUGAAACUCAA